AUGGGCUCCCCUGAGGACCCUGCCUGGAGCCUCCUGAAUGAGUAUUGCCACGGCUUCAUGGUGUCUCAGGUUCUCUUUGCUGCCUGUGAGCUGGGUGUGUUCGACCUCCUCGCCGAGGCCCCAGAGCCCCUGGAUUUGGCCACGGUGGUGGCCCGUCUGGGCACCAGCUCCCACGGCACGGAGCUUCUGCUGGACACGUGUGCGUCCCUGAAGCUGCUUAACGUAGAAACAAGAGGAGGAAGAGCUUUGUAUCAAAACACGGAGCUCUCCAGCACCUACCUGGCCAGGGUCAGCCCCACUUCUCAGAGUAACAUGCUGCUGUACAUGGCCGGGACGACCUACCGGUGCUGGGGCCACCUGGCCAAGGCUGUGAGAGAAGGGAAGAACCAGUAUCUGCAGGUGUUCGGCGUUCCCUCCGAAGAGCUCUUUAGUGCCAUCUACAGGUCGGAGGAGGAGCAGCUGCAGUUCAUGCGGGGUCUGCAGGAGGUGUGGAGCAUCACUGGGCAGCGUGUGCUGACUGCCUUUGACCUGUCACAGUUCCCUCUGAUCUGUGACCUUGGCGGUGGUUCUGGGGCUCUUGCCAAGGAGUGCCUUUCUCUGUACCCUGAGUGUAAGGUCACCAUCUUCGACAUCCCAGAAGUGGUACGGAUGGCAAGGAAGCACUUCCCAUCCUCGGAGGAUGAACGGAUUGGCUUCCACCAAGGAGAUUUCUUUAAAGACCCUCUCCCAGAGGCAGAUCUGUACAUUCUGGCCAGGAUUCUGCACGACUGGACGGAUGAGAAGUGCUCACGCCUGCUGCAGAAACUCCAGCACACCUGCAAGCCAGGUGGUGGCAUCUUGGUGAUUGAAAGCCUCCUGGAUGAAGACCGCCAAGGUCCUCUGACCACACAGCUCUACUCUCUGAACAUGCUCGUGCAAACGGAGGGCCAGGAGAGGACCCCAACCCAGUACCACAGGCUCAUCUCCUCUGCCGGCUUUCGAAGCUUCCAGUUUAAGAAAACUGGGGCCAUUUACGAUGCCAUUUUUGCCAGGAAUUAA